AUGUUCAGCUCGCUGAAUACUGGGCACGAUUAUCUCGGUAGAAACACUGGAGGCGGUGCUCUUCAAGUGUACGUGCAUCAUUUGAAACGCUUUGAGUAUCUACCGUUGUUCCAGAUUGGAGAAUAUGAAGGGAAGGCCGCUAGGGUCGGUGCAGCACUGGAGCAAUAUGAACUGUUUCCCCAUAUGGAAGAAAACAAUAUCACUUUACUCGCUCCCGGAUCCUCGACGGUCGGUGCUUACGGAGGUUACAUGCAAGGAGGCGGCUUCUCGUACAUCACGUCCAAGUUCGGGCUCAUGGCUGAUCAAGUACUGGCAUUGGAAGUUGUAACAGCUGAUGGCAGAUUCGUCCAUGCAAACCCGGAGGCCAACGAAGACCUAUUUUACGCUAUCCGAGGCGGGGGCCCGAGCAACUAUGGUAUCAUAACAUCAGCAAUAGUGAAAGCACACGACUCCAUAUCCGUCGCCCGUAUGAGCUUCAAUUUCCAGACCGGCGCAAAUAUCGAACAGGCCAACAGUACCACCUGGGCCGACAAUACGACCGCAUACGCAGAAGCCACAAACGAGACCUUCUGGAACGGUGUCAAUGCCUACUUCUCUCAUCUUGUGCGCAUCAACAACGCAAAAGGAAUUGGCUGGAACACCAUCUCAACCCAAGCCCCCAACCCUAUAUUCAACAGAACCCAACGCAUCUUCUCCUUCACCGGUCAAGUGAUUAUACCAAGCAUGUCCGCGUCUGACUUCAAUGCCUUCGUUGCACCUAUAAUUCAAGAUCUGAGCGACAUUGGUAUAAAAGUCAAUGCAACCGUCGGCUGGUGGCCCAGCUACCCGGCCUACUCCUUCCGACCAAAUGGCCCCGGUGAAGCCGUCGGCAACGGCCGCUUCGCCUCACGUCUCUUUCCACGCUCCAUCUUCGAGGACCCGAGCUCCCCAGAGUUCCUCAGAGCGAUGGCUGCCAUACGCACGUUCGUGGAAGAAGGCCACUACAGCUUCCAUAGCGUCGACUACCAUCCCUCUUAUGCCACAGCAGGCUAUCCGGGCGCCAAUUCCGCGGUCAACCCUCAUCUUCGGACUGCUAUCAUGCAUGCGACAGGCUUCGACACCGGCAGCUACGGUCCCGAACGUACUCCCGAAGAGAUGAUUGCGAGCCAUGCGAGGUUGAAUGAGUACGCGCAGAAGUGGCGGGAUGCAACCCCAGGGAGUGGAGCGUAUAUGAACGAGGCCGACACCGAAGAGCCUAAUUUCCAGGACAGCUUCUAUGGAAGCAACUAUAAGAGACUACUAGGUAUAAAGAGGAAGAGAGAUCCUUGGGGCGUAUUUUAUGCUGUUACCGGAGUUGGUAGUGAUGAGUGGAAGGUGGAAGGAACUGAUGGGCUGCCGACUCAGCAAGGCAGAUUGUGCCGGGUCUAG